AUGGUGAAGAACAAGUACCGCAGCCGACUCACCAAUGAACACUUGCAUCAGUGUGUCCGCCUGGCCAUCACGCCUUUUGUGCCAAAGUUCAAAGUCUUGGUGAAAGCAGAGCCUCAUGGCGGAGAUCUCCAGACUCUCCAGGAGCUCCAGCAGGAGAACCUGUUGCAGACCCUUCCCUCGGGUCCGUCCCUCCCCAGGUCCAGACACCGCUGGUCCCCGGGUGUCCUCCCCCUGCCUGAGCCCAAGGAGGACUCCGAGACCUUCGUCCUGGACCUGAGGAACUUCCCAGAGCUGGCCAACUCUGACAUGAGCUCCCAGAACCCCAACAUCCAGGUGACCAUCGAGGUGGUAGGGGACUCACAGACGGAGACAGAGGUGGAGAUGGACCUGGUGAAAGGGGGGCAGCAUAACGACUGGUCGGUGUCCUCCUCAGAAUGGGCCAACAGCCACAAGAAGCUGUUCUGGCCGCUGUUCUGGGAGUACCCGGAUCAGCUGGAGAACGGGCUGGAAAAAUCCACUCAGGAAGAACAAUCUGAGGAAUACACCUACGACCCAGAGGAGCCCGUGUUGAGUGGAGUGGGCGGAGAAUGGGGCGGUCACUGGAACACAGGCUGGGAUGCAAAGGAUAACUAUGAGUACGAGGAGUGGAGUGACUGGGCUCCCUGCAGCGUCACAUGCGGAAACGGCACCCAGAAACGCACCCGCUCCUGUGGCUACGCAUGUACGGCCACGGAGUCACGCACGUGUGACCUGGAGGACUGUGCCAACACUGCAAUUUCAGUGAGUGAUCCCACACCCAUCCAGAAGGACAACAGCACAGACUACCUGGACACAAACGUGGACAGCUGUGAGAAGUGGCUCAGCUGUAAGAACGACUUCCUGGAGAUGUACCUGCACCAGAUGCUGACAGAGCUGCCCAGCUGCCCAUGCUCCUUCCCCUCAGAAGCCGUCUACAGCGCCGUCAACAUCCAGGACGGCCCACUCCGUAAGACCUAUCGCUGGAGGGAUACCAGCGGACCCAAAGAACGCCUGGACAUCUACAAACCCUCCGCCAGAUUCUGCCUCCGCUCCAUGCUGUCGUACGAUAGCACCACGCUGGCUGCUCAGCACUGUUGCUACGACGAUCAAUUGAAACUGAUAACACGAGGGAAAGGAGCAGGAGCACCCAAUCUGAUCAGUACUGAGUUCUCACCAGAACUUCAUUAUAAGGUGGAUGUUCUACCCUGGAUCCUGUGCAAGGGAGACUGGAGUCUGUUUCACUCAGUGAGGCCGCCUAACAAUGGGCUGAGCUGUUUAGAGAACCCCACUGAGCAGGUGUUCCAAACAGAGCUUAAAGAGGCCAGGGAGUACUGAGAGUAUUGGAGUUAGAACAAGAAUGGACGAUAACAUGGAGACGUGAUGGAAAUCCAUCGUCUCCAUCCUGCACAAGCACAGAGAAACUGAAAUACAGCAUUUCUGUGAUGAUACAUGAACUCUGCAGCCAGCUGAAGUUCUUUGCUGCAACCCGACAAGAAGGGUCAAUAACACAGACGCUAUUGGAUGAUGGAAAUACAUGUCUUUUCCAUUGUCUCCAUCCUGCACAAGCUAAAAAAAGCUGAACUACAUGCUGAUUCAGCAUUUCUGUCAAGAUGCUAAUACAGCAUUUCUGUGACGAUACAUGAACACUGCAAGCUGAAGGACUUUGGUGCAGUCACACUAAGAAGGGUCGAUACCAAAGACACAUUAAUGGUAUUUGGCAAUUAAAAUCCAAUUUCUCCUAACCGUUGUCUCCAUCCUGAACAAGCACAGCAAGACAGAACUGCAUAAAUACAAUGUUUCUUCGGCCAUGAAUGAACUCUGCCAACCUCAUGGCCUCUAGCAUCAACUGACAUUUGGCUGGUAAACUUGGUUUACUUUGGUAAACGCAAAUGUUAUAAAGACAUUUCUAUAGGACACUUGUGGGCUCAUCCCUGGUCCUGUAUGUUGCUGCUCAGUGUGAGAGGAGGUACUUAUUUAUUGGCCCCUGAACUAUUUUAAUCAGAAAAUCAUUCCUGUUUAGCUGGUAAGCAGCCAAUAAAGUCAAAUGGAACCUUGGACUUUAAAUGCUCUACUUCUUCAUCUUUACCAAGUCUGACACAAUUGUUGCCAGAGCAGGUCUGGCGUUUCUCUUGCUGUCAACAUCUGCCAUGUCUUAAUUUGCUACAUGCUCACACGACAGGAGAACAUAAGAAUAGGAAUUGCGAGUUAGGAGCAGCCCCAUCUGGAUCAUCUUGUAUAUGGUAGAAUUUCCUUUAAAGGUUGUAACAUUUCUACAGCAUUGAUGCAAAAUGUGAUAUCCCAAUGAAAAAAGGGAUUCAAUUCACAUUCCGUUUUCAAUUUUUUCAAGGUCUGCCAUCCACACUAACAUGCCAAAACAUUUGAAAUAUGUUGACAUCUCUUCACCCAAUUGAAAUGUUGGUAGGUGGGAAGCCAGUGAGGGGCCAACCCCUGUUUCUACUAUAACCAGACUCAACAAAAUGUGUUGUGGUUCAAUCCCCUUUGACUCAUAGGGCUGGUAUUUAUAAAAAAAAUUAACCAAUACAAUUGCUAGUUUACUAUUUAAGUUUUCCUUAAACCGUAGACCAGGCCUUUUCAACUCUUAAGCCUCUUACACCCCAAACAGACACCAAAGAACAACAAAGAACACGUCCCGACGGAACGUCGCCUUACGUCGCCUGCGUCUUGGCCUUGUUUCGCACUGGAACACACCGCAAAGACUUCAGCCGACGGCUAAGUUGCACGUACAAACUGCGCAUGCCUGAGGGGCAAUAACUCUCCUUACCAGCAGGCGGCGGUAGUGUGUAUUCGUCAUUCAAAAGAGGCAACAACUGGAAUUC